AUGGACAAUAUGCCAAAUGAGGCAGCGCGCACACUGUCUCGACGAGGGCACACAUAUGCUACAGGUGCCAAGAAAACUCUCGAGAAUGUCAUCAAUAAUCUGUGGGACCCGGAAGGCAACCCUGAUGGCUUCGUCAGUCUGGGAGUCGCAGAAAAUGCACUGAUGCAUGAAGAACUGGCAAGCUACGUCAAAGACUCCAUCCAAGACCUUCAGACGCACGCUUUCACCUAUGGCGAUAGCUUUUACGGCAGCAAGCGCCUACGCUCCGCCAUCGCCCAAUUUGUGAACCAUCGUUUUCAGCCUAACCAAGCUGUCAAACAGGAACAUGUCGUGGCAACUGCUGGUCUGACGAACUCUCUUGAACAAUUGGCUUACGCGCUUGGAGAUCCGGGCGAUGGCUUUUUGAUUGGCAGACCAUACUACACGUCGCUGCCGAAGGACUUCGGCUCGAGGGCCGGAAUCCAAUCAAUUGGAGUAGCCUUCGGCGACGUAGAUCCGUUCAGCAUGGAUGCGAUUUUGAAAUACGAGGAAGCUCUAAUUGAAGCACGGAAGGAUGGUGUUCCAACGAAGGCUUUGUUUCUUUGCUCGCCGCACAACCCACUAGGUCGCUGCUAUCCCAGAGAGGUCCUCGUCGGACUCAUGAAAUUCUGUCAACAACAAAAGAUCCACUUGAUCAGCGAUGAGAUAUACGCGCUUUCCGUCUGGCAAAACCCCGAGGUGCCUGACGCCGUUACCUUUGAAUCUGUCCUCUCAAUUGAUACAUCUGGGAUUAUAGACCCGGGGUUGGUGCAUGUUUUGUGGGGAAUGAGCAAGGACUUCGGAGCCAACGGCCUUCGAAUAGGCUGCAUCAUCAGCCAACACAAUCACCCACUCCUCGACGCUGUCAAGGCGAACUCGUACGGCCCCCAAACCUUUCCUUCCCGUCCUUCGCACAGCACCAACAGCUCACCUUACACCAGUCUCUUCACAUACCCCCCCUCACUCUCCGACCACAUAACCUCCACCCUCCUGGAAGACACCUCUUACACAGAAACGUACAUCCGCACCAACCAGCUCCGCCUCGCCGAAAACUACGCGUUCGCUACCUCCUUCCUCAAACAUCACAACAUCCCCUACUCCGCAAAAGUCAACGCCGCGUUCUUCCUCUGGGUUGAUUUGAAACCCCUCUUUUCCAACGUCGCUACGGAGGAGGAACGGAGUAAGCAGGGGAAGGAACUGUCUGGAGCUAUCAUGGAGAGGUUGAUGGCGAAGAAGGUAUUCAUCGCGAACGGAGAGGCGUUUGCGGGCGAGGAGCCGGGUUGGUUUCGCGUGGUGUUUUCGCAGCCGAGGGCGUAUGUGGAGGAGGGGUUGAGGAGGUUGAUGAGUGCUUUUUAG